AAAUAAGAAAAAAGUACUGAAAGCCGGCUAAGUUAAACCCCAAAGAGCUGGAAAAAUACAAAACUACUUCACAAAACUUCACUCAGAUCUAAUAUUUUUUUUUUUCAGUUCAAUUCUAACAACUAAUCGCCAUUAGCGAUGGCGAUUAGAGCUUUACUUAUGUGUAUCAUUUUGUUUUCUUCGUAUUACACAACCUUCGCUCUCUAUGAAGAUCAAGUCGGACUCAUGGACUGGCAUCAACAGUAUAUUGGAAAAGUUAAGAAGGCAGUGUUCCAAACACAAAAGGCUGGUAGGAAGCGUGUUGUUGUAUCUACAGAAGAGAAUGCAAUCGCUGCCCUCGAUCUUCGUCACGGAGAGAUUUUUUGGAGGCAGCUUUUGGGAGUCAAUGAUGCUAUUGAUGAAAUCGAUAUCGCCCUGGGAAAAUACGUUGUCACCCUAUCAUCAGGAGGAAGUGUCUUAAGAGCUUGGAACCUUCCUGAUGGACAGAUGGUGUGGGAGUCAUUCCUUGUUGGAUCAAAGCCCUCAAGAUCACUGUUGUUGACUCCAACAAAUUUGGGAGCGGACAAGGACAAUGUGGUUCUGGUUUAUGGCAAUGGUUGCCUGCAUGCUGUUUCAAGCAUUGACGGUGACAUCCUCUGGAAGAAGGAUUUAGCACAGAGCAGCAUCGACAUUCAACAUUUGGUUCAUCCUGUAGAAAGCGACACAAUAUAUGCUUUAGGAAUUCGUGAUACUUCCCAGUUUGAAGCAUAUGUAAUCAAUGUUAGGAAUGGUGAACUGCUGAAGCACAGUAGCAUGGAAUUUCCUGGUGGAUUUUCUGGUGAUUUGUCAUUACCUACAAGUGACAAAGCAAUCGUGCUUGAUUCAUCUGGGUCAAUUUUAGUCUCCAUAAGCUUUGUUGGUGGAGAAAUUAAAUUUCAAAAGGUCCAGAUUUCUGAUCUUCUUCAGGGUUACUCUGGUGCAGCAGAAUUAUUACCUUCCAAACUUGCAGGAAUGGUUGCCGUAAAAAUCGACAGAUCUUUGUUGUUUGUUAAAGUGAAAGAUGAAGGCACACUGGAUGUGGUUGACACAGUCCCUCAUGUUGAAGCUGUAAGCGAUUCUUUGUCUUUUGCUGAAGGCCAAACCGCUUUUGGGCUGAUUCAGCAAGAUGGCGCUAAAAUUCAACUUACUGUAAAGUCUAAUAAUGAUUGGAAGAGCCAUUUUCUCAAGGAAAGUAUUGAAGUCGACCAACAGAGGGGACUUGUGCACAAGGUCUUCAUCAACAACUAUGUCCGAACAGAUCGAACUUAUGGAUUUAGGGCUUUGAUUGUCAUGGAAGACCAUUCACUGUUGUUAUUACAACAAGGUGCCGUUGUCUGGAAUAGAGAAGAUGCACUUGCAUCUAUUAUAGAUGUAACAACCUCGGAGUUGCCCAUACAGAAGGAUGGUGUCUCUGUUGCAAAAGUGGAGCACAGCCUCUUUGAAUGGCUUAAGGGACAUUUGCUGAAACUAAAAGCGACUUUAAUGCUUGCAACUCCCGAUGAUGUAGCAGCAGUUCAGAAAAUAAGGUUACAAAGUGCUGAGAAAAGCAAGAUGACCCGGGACCACAAUGGAUUUAGGAAGCUACUCAUUGUACUUACACGAGCAGGGAAAGUUUUUGCACUUCACACAGGAGAUGGUCGAAUUGUUUGGUCUCGACUACUAAAUGCUUUCCGUAGAUCAGGAACUUGUGAAAGUCCAAGAGGGCUCAAGUUACAUCAGUGGCAGGUGCCCCAUCAUCACGCAUUAGAUGAAAACCCAUCAGUCCUUGUAGUUGGUACAUGUGGACAUAAUUCAGGUGCAUCUGGUAUUCUCUCCUUUGUUGAUGCAUACAAAGGAGAGGAGCUUAACUACUUAGCACCUGUUCAUUCCAUUGUGCAAGUUAUUCCUCUGCCAUUUACUGAUUCAACUGAGCAGCGACUACAUCUAAUAAUAGAUGCUGAGGGGUAUGCCCACCUGUACCCUAGAACUCCUGAGGCAGUUGACAUUUUUCAAAAGGAGCUGGGAAACAUAUAUUGGUAUUCAGUUGACAUAAACAAUAAUCUGUUAAAGGGGCAUGUGGUGAAGAAAAAUUGUGAACAGGAGAUAGCUGAUGGCUACUGUUUUGAAUCCAGUGACCUUUGGUCUGUUAUAUUCCCCUCAGAUUCGGAAAAUAUCAUCGCAACUUCAACCAGAAAAUUAAGUGAGGUUGUUCAUACACAAGCUAAAGUUAACGCUGACCAGGAUGUAUUAUAUAAAUAUAUAUCUAAGAAUUUGUUGUUUCUGGCCACUGUUACACCUAAAGCAAUUGGUGACAUUGGAUCAGCGACCCCUGAAGAUUCCUGGCUUUUUGUUUAUCUUGUUGACACAAUAACUGGCCGAGUGCUGCACCGUAUGUCUCAUCAUGGCUGUCAGGGACCUGUACAUGCAGUCUUUAGCGAAAAUUGGAUUGUCUAUCACUACUUCAACCUACGUGCACACAGAUAUGAGAUGUCUGUUGUUGAGGUCUAUGAUCAGUCUCGCGCGGACAACAAAGAUGUCCUGAAGCUUGUUCUUGGAAAGCAUAAUCUUAGUGCACCUGUUUCUUCGUACUCGCGUCCUGAAGUCAUGACUAAGUCUGCAUCUUACUUUUUCACACAUAGUGUGAAAACUGUAGCAGUUACCUCAACAGCAAAAGGCAUUACUUCCAAACAGCUGCUUAUUGGCACAAUUGGUGAUCAGGUUUUGGCACUUGACAAGCGUUUUCUUGAUCCUCGUCGAACAUUGAACCCUACUCAAGCUGAAAAGGAGGAAGGGAUUAUACCUCUUACUGAUACGUUACCAAUCAUGCCACAGGCUUAUGUCACACAUGCCCUUAAAGUGGAAGGCCUUAGAAGCAUCAUAACUAUACCGGCAAAGUUAGAGUCAACCACCCUCGUCUUUGCUCAUGGAGUAGAUCUCUUUUUCACUCGGCUCGCCCCUUCAAAGACAUACGACUCUCUCACUGAUGAUUUCAAUUAUGCUCUGCUUCUCCUUACCAUAGUUGCCCUAGUUAUAGCGAUUUUUGUAACGUGGAUUUGGUCCGAGAGGAAAGAUUUACAGGAAAAGUGGAGAUGAUUCAUUCAACCAACAGUGGAGGCAAGUCGAAGUCCAUUACACUUCCUUUAGUCGUUGUAUUGUUUGAGCACUCACCAUUUUUUGUCAUUUUAACUUAUCUUCUUAGCUUAGGUAGUUAAGCUGUAUUUUUUAGUAAUUUUGUAAAAUUGCCCCUCGCUAGUUUUUUCCUACAGAGGGAAGAAAAUUUGUGAAUUGAUAUUUCAUUCUUGCGGCAAGAGAUACAUAUAUUUCACAUAAUUAGGUUGUUAACAGUAACAUUUUUGCGAUGACAAAAAUGUCAACAUUACCUUCUUGGCUUUCAAUCGUGCUCUUCUUUGUUCCCCCCCCCCCCCCCCCCUUUCCGAAAAGGUAAAUGUAGAACUUUGUUUGUGCCUGGUACAACUGACACAAGUUGUAGGGAAGGGUGGAGGAUGAGACGAUUCUACAAUAAAAAAUUAGUUUUCCUAGAAAGUUUAGGAUUUAGAUUAUUAAUAAAAGGCUCUUGGUCUUUUAACUUCCGUUCUCUCUUUAUUUUCAACUUUCUUGCUUUCCCUAAUCAUUAUUUACUUGAUAAGCAACAAGAUAGACAAUGGUAGUAUUCAUUAUUCUUCAACAGAAGAUAAUGAAGAAGUUGAACUUUCACAAACGAUACCAACUGGAGAGCCUUCUGAUUCAAUUGAUGUGACAAAAUUUAUCUCUACACGAAGUUUAAGUAAAUGAAGACUUCAAAUCAUUUAGAGUCAUUAAAGUUAUAUACAAGAUUGGAGUCGCAAGAACAUGAACUAGAUCAUCAACUAAUGCUAUCACUCAGUUGAUGCAAUGUCUGUGUGUUUGUUUCAUAGCAGAGAAGAAUCUUAACAUAUAGCCCGACAUAAACACUUUUAGUUAAAAUAAUCUAAUGGAAAAAUACCUAUUCGUGUAUUUGUGUGUGUGAGAGAGAGAGAGAGAGAGUCACAUUAGCAUAGUACUCCACACUUUCCAUUAUACUUGAACAAUUCUAAAAUGUGUUACACCGCCCAUAAGACAAAUGGGAAAAAGGAAUUUCUUGAUAACAAACAAGGAUUGAAAACUUCACCAGCAACAAUGCUUACAAUUGCAAAUUGCUUUUACAAUGAUGCAAUGUGCAUACAGAGAAACCAGUGCUUUACAAGAAGCCCAGACCUUCAAUUUUUUUUUUUUUUU